AUGGAGGGACAGACCCCAGGAAGCAGAGACCUUCCAGAAAAGCCUCACCCUGCCGCGGCCGCUGCCACUCUGUCCUCAAUGGGUGCCGUCUUCAUCCUCAUGAAGUCCGCGCUGGGAGCUGGCCUGCUCAACUUCCCCUGGGCCUUCUCCAAAGCGGGCGGCGUGGUCCCUGCCCUCCUGGUGGAGCUGGUCUCCUUGGUCUUCCUGGUCAGCGGGCUGGUCAUCCUGGGCUAUGCUGCUGCUGUCAGUGGCCAGGCCACUUACCAGGGCGUGGUCAGGGGGCUCUGUGGCCCCGCCAUCGGGAAGCUGUGUGAGGCCUGCUUCCUUGUCAACCUGCUCAUGAUCUCCGUGGCCUUCCUCAGGGUGAUCGGGGACCAGCUGGAGAAGCUGUGUGACUCCCUCCUGUCUGGCACCCCGCCCGCCCCGCAGCCGUGGUACACAGACCAGCGCUUCACCCUGCCCCUGCUUUCCGCGCUGGUCAUCCUGCCCCUAUCCGCCCCACGGGAGAUCGCCUUCCAGAAAUAUACAAGCAUCCUAGGCACCCUGGCUGCCUGUUACUUGGCCCUGGUCAUCACCGUGCAGUACUACCUCUGGCCCCAGGGCCUCGUGCGCGAGUCCCGUCCUUCACUGAGCCCUGCCUCCUGGACCUCUGUGUUCAGUGUCUUCCCCACCAUCUGCUUCGGGUUUCAGUGUCACGAAGCUGCUGUCUCCAUCUACUGUAGCAUGCACAAGCGGAGCCUCUCCCACUGGGCCCUGGUCUCCGUGCUGUCCCUGCUGGCCUGCUGCCUCAUCUAUUCACUGACGGGGGUUUAUGGCUUCCUGACCUUUGGGACAGAAGUUUCUGCUGACAUCUUGAUGUCCUACCCAGGCAAUGACAUGGUCAUCAUUGUGGCCCGGGUCCUUUUUGCUGUCUCCAUUGUAACUGUCUACCCCAUCGUGCUCUUCCUGGGAAGGUCGGUGAUGCAGGACUUCUGGAGGAGAAGCUGCUUGCGGGGAUGGGGGCCCAGGGCCCUGGCUGACCCCUCAGGGCUGUGGGUCCGGAUGCCGCUGACUGUCCUGUGGGUCACCGUGACGCUUGCCAUGGUGCUGUUUAUGCCCGACCUCAGCGAGAUCGUCAGCAUCAUCGGAGGCAUCAGUUCCUUCUUCAUCUUCAUCUUCCCAGGUUUGUGCCUCAUCUGCGCAAUGGGCAUCGAGCCUAUAGGACCAAGAGUCAAGUGCUGCUUGGAGGUCUGGGGAGUGGUCUCUGUGCUGGUUGGCACCUUCAUCUUCGGGCAGAGCACGGUGGCAGCGGUCUGGGAGAUGUUUUGAUGGGCAGCCAGUGCCGGGCAGGAAGGGGCCCUCCGGAGGCUGACCCCACGUGGCUGCUGUGUGCGGCUGGGAGACCGAUGUCAUUUCUCAUCAUAAAGAUACUGGAGAGACUGA